AUGAAAGUUAAUACAACAUAUAAUAUAUAAAUUACAGCUUCUUUAAAAUCUGAUCCAACUAUUACUCAAUAAAUAUUAUACCCAAUAUAUGUUCUUUCUGAUUCUCCUUUGGUUUAACUUUUAGGAGGAAAUAGAUAAUAAUAAUAUUCUUAAAGCUUUAAUCUUGAAGGAAAAGUAGAUGACCCUAAUUUAUCCUCUAGUGAAAAAAUUUUAUUAAAAGAAACUAAUUAUGGAAUAGAUUUAAAUUGGUAAUGCAUAAGUCUAAGUACAGGAGAUAAGUGUAGAGAUUCAUUGAAUAAUUUAAUUGUAUCUGAAUCUACAUAAAACAUAUAAAUUACCAUAUAAAAGAAAAUAUUAUAGGCUUAUUAAUAAUAUUAAUUUAAACUAUCAGGCACAAAAAAUGGAACAACCGUUUUUGAUUAAAUAAUAAUAUUAAUAGUUGAUUAUGAUGUUCCUUCUGUUUAUCCUACUAUUUCUAUUAAUAACUCUUAAAAUAGAAUAAAUUUAAAUUAAGAAAUAUUAACUUAAUUUGAUUAUCAAGGGAUUAAAAAUGCUGAUAACUUAAUAAUUACAGGAGUUAUUUCAUAUUAGUAUUAUUAAAAGAAUAUAAUAUCAAUAUCUCAUAACUAAUUUAGAUUUUAAGUUUGGGAAUUAUUAUUCGAUUUUUUAAGAGAAAAUUAAAAUUAAUUUGAAUUAAAAUUUUCAAUUAGAAAUAUAGAUUUAGUAGUAUCUACAUUAAUUUCUUAUACUUUAAAUGCUAACGUACCUCCGUAAGAUUGUACUUUUUAUUAAAAUUCAGGUUUUAAAGUUAAAAAUCUGUAAGAUAAAUAAAUUCUUUAAAUAAAUGGAUGUAUUGAUUUUGAUUAACCCCUAUCUUAUUCUUUCUAUUUUUAUAAAAAUUAAGACGAUUACAAUAACGAAAUAUAAAAUGCCUAAUAUAUUAAUAGGCACUUAUUAUCUGAUUUCUCACCAAAGAAUAAUAUUGAAACUGUUUUACCUUUUGGUGUUUCCUUAAUUAUGGGAAUAAUAUAAGAUUCAAAAGGAGGAAUAAGAAAUAUAACUUAAUAUAUUACAGUAAGCUAAUAUGAUUAAGAAAGUUCGUCAUAUUACACGUUUAUAAAUAAUUGGUUUGCUUAAACUAAAUAAAAUUAUUUAAAUGAAAAUAAAGUUAUAAAUUAUAAUAUGAUUAUUUAAGAUAUUAUUAAUCAUUCAAUUAUACUCUAAUUGUAAGAAAAUACUUAAUUUAUAUAAAUAUAUAUUAAUCUUUUAAAUGAGAUUCAGUAUUUAUAAACCUAUUUUUAUUAAUAAACUAACCCUUUCAACUACUUUUUAUAGACACAAAUAACAUUAAAUUCAAUAUAUAAUAACUUUCUCAAUUAAAUCGCACCAAAAUUAGGAUUUGAUAAAAUUCAGCAAUUAAUUAAUAAUGCUUAAUAAAUAAUAAUUGAUUAAUAAACACUUAUUAAUAAGAAAAAAGUAAUUUCUGAAACAACAUCAUAUGCUAAUUAUUUUGAAUAAAUACAAGUUCUUAUAUUGUAAGCAUAAAUAAUUUAAAAUAUUCAAUAAGUUGAUAGAAAUUCAUUUAAUUUUAAUUAAAACAAAUUAUUAGAUAUGUAAUACAUAUAAAUAAUGUAAAUAAUAUAGUAAAAUUUGAAUAUGAUUUAAAUUACAAAUGAAAAUCCUAUAAAAGUUUUAAAUAUAAUUACUUCACAAAAAAUAACAUUUAAAAUUUUAAAAGAAAAGUAUUUGACAUUAAUUUCAGAUGUAUAAAAAGAUGGUAUAAAUAUAGACUAAAACUAAGAAAGUCUAACAUACUAGGUAAAUUAUUUAGAAUAUCCUUCUUCUAUAAUUAAAUAUGAUACAAAUUUCCCUUACCCUAAUAAUCAUUCUUUUAUCAUAAAUGAAAAGACAAUAACCUUUCUUUCAAAUUAAUAAUAAAUACCUAUUAAUAUUCCUUUAUAAAACGUUUACGUUUUACCUUAAGCAGUAGAUGAUGUUGAUGAUUAUUUUUGCAUAUAAAAUAUUUAAGAUAAAGGGAUUACUUAAGAUUGCUUACUUUUAAAUUAUAGAAAUGAUUAAAAUAAAAUUAAUUAAUUUAUAUGUUAAUGUAAAACCCAAGGAAAAUAAACUCUUGUUAAUGACAUAAAUGGAAUAUUUAAAAAAACGAUUCGUUCAAAAGAUUGGUAUUUGUAUGCUUCUGUGUGGACUUUAGUUAUUACUACUAUAAUUUAUAUAAUUUAAUUUUUAUAUUUAUAAUAAAUUGAUAAAAUUCAAGACUUAUAAAUGGAAUAAAGCAUGAUAAAAAGAAAUUAAAUCAAAGAUAUUAUUUUUAAAAAUGAUAUUACAGAUGACAUGAGAUAAUAGUUAUUAGCUAAUAUUUUUAAAAAUGAUGAAUAAAUUAUAAAAAUAGAAAAUUAAUAACUUGAGAAAUAUCCAAAUUAAAAAUUAAGUAUUUAAAAAAAUAUUAUUUAUAAUAUUAAAAUAAAUUUUUAUUGA